CAAACUGCCCCAACUCUAAUAUAGCCUCCGAUUCAACACCGCUCAAACCCUCUCUCUCUCCCCUCGCCGGAAAAAAAGAUCAAACUUACAAGCUCUCGCCUUUCCGUCUACGCUCCCUUCGAUUCUCAUCGGUCUGUCUUAGGGUUCGCAGAUUCGUGAAAGAUGUUUGGGAGGGCGCCGAAGAAGAGCGACAACACCAAGUAUUAUGAGAUCUUGGGAGUUUCCAAGAACGCUUCUCAGGAAGAUCUCAAGAAGGCCUACCGUAAAUCCGCCAUCAAGAACCACCCCGAUAAGGGUGGCGAUCCCGAGAAGUUCAAAGAGCUUGCUCAAGCUUAUGAGGUUCUGAGCGACCCAGAGAAACGUGAGAUUUAUGAUCAGUAUGGUGAAGAUGCAUUAAAGGAAGGAAUGGGUGGUGGUGGUGGUAUGCAUGAUCCAUUUGACAUCUUCCAAUCCUUCUUUGGUGGCAAUCCAUUUGGUGGAGGAGGAAGUAGCCGAGGCCGCAGGCAAAGAAGAGGGGAGGAUGUUGUUCACCCCCUUAAGGUGUCAUUAGAGGACCUCUACAAUGGAACAUCAAAAAAGCUGUCUUUAUCACGAAAUGUGCUCUGCCCAAAAUGCAAAGGCAAAGGGUCCAAGUCUGGUGCAUCAAUGAAAUGUUCUGGCUGCCAGGGCUCCGGGAUGAAAGUUUCUAUUAGACAACUCGGGCCGUCUAUGAUCCAGCAGAUGCAGCAUCCUUGCGGCGAGUGCAAGGGUACUGGUGAGACUAUUAAUGAGAAAGAUAGGUGCGGGCAGUGUAAGGGUGAGAAGGUUGUGCAAGAGAAGAAGGUGUUGGAAGUCCUUGUUGAGAAGGGAAUGCAGAAUGGUCAAAAGAUUACAUUCCCCGGAGAGGCUGAUGAAGCUCCGGACACUAUCACAGGAGACAUUGUGUUUGUCUUGCAACAAAGGGAACACCCUAAGUUCAAGCGAAAGGGAGAUGACCUUUUCGUGGAGCACACCUUAACCCUAACAGAAGCCCUUUGCGGUUUCCAGUUUAUCUUAACACACCUAGACAAUAGGCAGCUCCUCAUCAAAUCACAACCCGGAGAAGUUGUUAAGCCUGAUCAAUUCAAGGCCAUAAACGACGAAGGAAUGCCCAUGUAUCAAAGGCCAUUCAUGAGAGGAAAGCUGUACAUUCAUUUCACAGUUGAUUUUCCAGAGUCAUUAUCCCCUGAGCAAUGCAAGGGUCUCGAGGCUGUGCUGCCGCCUAAGCCCACAACAGGAAUCACCGACAUGGAACUGGAUGAGUGCGAGGAAACCACCUUGCACGAUGUCAAUAUCGAAGAGGAGAUGCGUAGGAAGCAGCAGCAGCAGGCACAGGAAGCAUAUGAUGAAGACGAUGAUAUGCAUGGCGGGGCACAGAGAGUACAAUGUGCCCAACAGUGAGUGAUGAAAACAAGGUGGAGACAACUCAUGGGGUGACCUUUCCUUAUCACAACUAGGAUUUACAGAUUGAUAGUUAAUUCCUGAAUGGUUUCUGAAUUUUUGUGUGUAAUGCAAAACUUGGUUAUAAAUAUUAAACUUUGAUGGUUU